GGCAAACCGGCGCAAAAGUCCCCAGGUCGCUUAUAAAUUGAAAGCCCCUCUUCUUCUUCUGCGUAUCUUUCUGCUUGAUUAUUCUCAACAUUUUUCCAUUCUGCGAUUUCCUCCUCCCUCUAUACCUCACUCAAAAUGGAAUCGCCUACCGCGCGCAGCUCUGCGAGCAGCUCUUCGGAAGGUCUUGCCCAUGAAAAGGCCAAGAUCGUGCCCACGGGGCAGAACAUUCACGGAUCGGGAUCGCCCAAGCGAUUCAAAACAUUCUGGGCGGCAUUCAGACACCUGCAGGGGUUGAGCCAGAAGGAGGUGGAUGACUUCAUGGCCUCGUACGUCAUCUACAACCUGGACUGGUCGGACGAGAAGCAGAUGGUGGACACGUUGGGCCCCAACUACCAGGAGAAGGUGGGCGACUGCCUCAAGGCGUACUACGGGGUGCUGAACCACCUGUGCGCGCUGGGCGACGUGGAGAAGAUGUACAUCCCGCCGCUGGUGAGCAAAAAGGCGACGGUGCUGGAGAACCAGGUGCUGUACGAGCAGUCGAUCGCCAACGACAUUGGCCUCAAGCCCGGCGAUGCGGUGUUGGAUUUGGGUUGCGGUCGCGGGCGGGUCGCCGCGCACAUGGCGCAGUAUUCGGGCGCGCACGUCACCGGCCUCAACAUCGACCCGGACCAGAUCGCGCAGGCGCGCAGCUUCAACGCUGAGCCCGAACAGGGUGCGCUGAACAAUCGCUUCGUUAUUCAGGACUUCAACGCCCUGCCACUCCCCUUUGCCGACCAGAGCUUCGACGCCUUCUACCAGAUCCAGGCCCUCAGCCUGUGCAAGGACCCCGCCGCCCUGUUUGCCGAGAUUUUCCGCGUGCUCAAGCCGGGAGCCAAGAUCUCCUUCCUCGACUGGGUCUCACUACCCGCGUAUGACGCCGCCAACCCCCAGCACGCCGAACUGAUGCGGCGCGUAAAGCCUCUGAUCGGCGCCGUGGGGACGCCCACCCCGGAGAGCCUAGAGGCCGCGCUGGCCCAAUCAGGGUUUACCGUCCUGCGCUCGGACAAUGCAAGCCUCGACGGGCUGCAGGCGCCGCUGAUCCAAACGGUCGACGUGUAUUUCCGCACCAUGCGCCAGGUCAUCUUGGCCCUGGUCAAGCUGCAUGUGCUGCCCCGGCAUUUCAAGACGCUGAUUAACCGGCUGUGUCUGGACGGGCAGGCGUUUGUCAAGAUGGACAACAUGCGCUUGAUCACGACCAGUUAUCGCAUCAUUGCCCAGAAGCCCGAGAGGUGAAGCGUCUGAUGAACGAAAUGAUUUUAUAUAAUAUACCCUGAUUUUACGACCUGCCACUGCUUGAGAGAACACUGCUUAAGAACAGCCAUCCUUCAACUGGAUGAUCUAGCUACUAUUUAACAGCUCUCAAGUCAUCAGUGGUAUUGCAUUUUGAUUGUUAUAGAUAGCUAUUAAUGUUUGAGCAGUUGUAUAGUCCCAUUGGUGUAUAGGUUUGUGUGUCUGUAAAUAGAACAGAUUCUGUUACCCUCUCUUCUCACUAUUAAAUUAUUUAAAAGCAGAAAUAUAUCGUCAAUACAUUUUAUUUUAUUUGAUAAAAGGCAAGACUGC